AUGACUACCACCUGCUCGACAGCCGGUCUCCUGUAUACUUUUUUUCCAUCCAUCAUAUCCGAGUUCUACAGACAGAUUCCCACCAGGGAGGGAUACAGAUUCAAUCAUGAGGAGCCCAAUGGAAACAAGCGCGAGGAAAUGGGGGUCAUAUUGUAUCCAGGAACGGACCAGCAGGAGCUCCUUGUGAUGGGUGCCUAUAGCUCCUACAAUAGCCACACUGACACCCAGACCACGACCAUGUACACGGCCGACAAAAAUGGCUAUAAAGUACACUACGAAAUCAAGAACCGAACAUUGGCGGGAGCCACUUUAAAAGCUGCUACUGGAUAA